AUGAAUCAAAAUAACCAAGGCGGAGGUCACGAUGGUGCCAAUGGAAACAACAAUGACAAUAACAAUGCAGGUACAGGGCCUGGUACCGGCGGAGGAGGAGCCAGUCGUCUUCAACCUCACCAGGCCACCAAGUUGGUGCUGGCGUACCAAAACGAAAUGAGACAAGCACGUGCACCAGGAGUUGAUCCCGCUAAGGCUCAAGAGCAUCUUAAUAGAGCUGAGCAGAUUAAGCUGAUUCUCGUCAAGUAUCAGCAACAACGAGCCAAGUUACAACAGCAGCAGCAACAGCAGCAGCAGCAGCAGCAGCAGCAACAACCACAACAACAAGGUGGACCCAAUCAAGGGCUUCAAGGGCUUCAAGAAGGUCUGCAACUGUUGCCCCAAUCACUGCCUCAAAUGGGUAACAAUAUGAACUUUCAACAGCAACAGCAACUGCAAGCAUCUUCUGUGCCCCAAAGGUUGACACAAUCUGCUCAAUCACCGCAGAUGAUGGCAAGCAGUCCAGGGAUGGCCAGAACACCCAAAUCAGCAAUGGGCUCUCCUAUGAUGGGGGGCAACCAGCAACAGAAUAAUCUCCAAAUGAGAGCAGCUACAAGUAGUCAACUACAGUCUAUUCCACAAGGAAGCAACAGACCUCUUUCUCAACAACAACAACUGCAAGUAUUACAAGGUGGAAACAAGGGUCAGUUUCCUUCUACUGCUAAUAAUAGUAACAGUAAUGCUGCUCCUCCUUCUACAGCUGAAAGUAACUUCACGAUUGAAAAGUUCAACCUGUUGAAAACCAAGUACGAAGAGGUCAAUAACUUACUUCAGCAGUGUGAAAAGCGGAAGCAGUUACUGCAAAACCCUGCAGAAGUAGAGAAAAUCGAUGGUGAUAUUAAUCAUUUGAAAGAGAGAAGUAAUCAACUAAAGAAAUUGCUUCUUCACGUUAGAAGUCAGCUUAUCGCCAGACAGAAUGCCAAUAAUGCUGCUGCUGCUGGUCAAACUCAAUCUGGCACUGCAGCCGGGGCGCUGGGUUUUCAGCAGAAUAUGGCCAAUAACGCUGGUCAAAGAUCAGCAACAGGAACAGCAACAGUAACAACAGGAGCAGCGAGACCCCCAAUUUCACAACAACCAACUGCAAUUCCGCCAAACAAUAACCAAGCAAGAGUAUUUCCACCACAACAACAGGUUACUACACCUGGAGCACCCGUUUCAGCAACUCCAAGACAAUUACCUCCUACAGCCAACCAACAAAUCAAUAAUACCAGUGUUCCAACCUCUGGCCAGUCUUCGCCACCACCCGUUUCAAUGGGUGGUGUUGCUGAAAAUAACAAGUCUUCUUUACCUCCAGGAGGAGGACAAAAGUCAGGGUCAGUUUCUAAUUCAGUAAGUGCUACGGGAACUCCUGGUUCUUCAACAGGAGGGAAACAACUUCCUAAACCAACUACAACUGUUGGGCAACAACCUGGAAGACCCAGUCCUGCUCCCAACCCCGCGUUGGCUAAUAUCACCAGAAGUAGUGUGCCAUUAAUUCCUAUUUCCAAUACCAUUAGUGUCAAGCCUCCUCAGCCAGUUACAUUGAAGCAAGGAAGUUCAAGACCCACCAUCACGGGUGGUGUUGCUGUUGGUAUGGGCCAGAUUUUAGGGACUCCAGCCAUCACCAAAUUACCCACUUUUGAAUUGGCAUCUGGAAGUGGAGCUGGUGGUACCAUUCAAGAUAAUGGUGGCCGGGUGUUAACCAAGAGAAAGCUUUCUGAAUUAGUUAAUACUAUAGGUGCAGAUGAAGGAGAUGGGAAGACUGUUAUUGAUGGUGAUGUGGAGGAAUUGUUGUUGGAUUUGGCAGACGAAUUUAUAUCCUCAGUUACCAGUUUUGCUUGCAGAUUGGCCAAACAUAGAAAGGUUGAUACUUUAGAUGUUAGAGAUGUUCAAUUGCAUUUGGAAAGAAAUUGGAACAUCAGAAUUCCGGGUUAUGCCAUGGAUGAAAUAAAGGCUACUCGGAAAUGGCAACCAAGCACAGCAUACAACCAGAAGUUACAAGGUGUGGAAAUUGCAAAGUCUGUUAAUGGAAACCUUAAAUGA